ACCUUGUGUUCCUUUCUCCAGAUCAGCAGAGAUAUGCAUCAAGGAAAUCAGACCACCAUCUCUGGGUUCCUCCUUCUGGGACUCUCCAACCAGGCUGAGCAGCAGAAGCUCCUCUUUAUGUUUUUCCUGAGUAUGUACCUGGUCACUGUGGUUGGGAAUGGGCUCAUCAUCCUGGCCAUCAGCUUGGAUUCUUACCUUCACACCCCCAUGUAUCUCUUCCUUGCCAAUCUGUCCUUUGCUGAUAUUUCCUCCAUAUCCACCUCAGUCCCCAAGAUGCUGAUGAAUAUUCAGAGCAAGACUCAAUCCAUCUCCUAUGAGAGCUGCAUCACACAGAUGUACUUUUCUAUCGUCUUCGUUGUUAUUGACAAUUUCCUAUUGGGAGUCAUGGCCUAUGACCGUUUUGUGGCUAUCUGCCACCCUCUCAACUAUGUGACCAUCAUGCAACCCAGGCUCUGCAUUUUGCUCACGGUUAUUCCAUGGGCCCUGAGUAACACUGUUGCCCUAACACACACCCUUCUGCUCCUCCCUUUGCUCUUCUGUGACAGCAACACUCUCCCACACUUCUUCUGUGACUUGGCUCCUCUGCUCAAACUGUCCUGCUCAGACACAACGAUCAAUGAACUUGUAAUGUUUAUCGUGGGCGCAUCAGUUGUCACUGUCCCCUUUGCCCUCAUCCUCUUCUCCUACAUCUGCAUUGUCAGGGCUGUCCUAAGAAUCUCAUCCACGGAGGGAAAGUGGAAAGUCUUCUCCACCUGCGGCUCUCACUUGACAGUUGUAUUACUCUUUUACGGGACCAUUAUAGGGGUUUACUUCUUCCCCUCAUCCACUCACCCAGAAGAUGGAGAUAAGAUUGGUGCCGUGCUAUUCACUGUGGUGACACCCAUGAUGAACCCCUUCAUCUAUAGCCUAAGGAACAAGGACAUGAAAGGUGCCCUAAGAAAGCUCAUCUGUAAGAAACGGUUCCUUCCUUUGAUGUGCUGGACAUCUGACUUCCUUUUAUCUCCAAAACCAGAUGGAUGA